AUGACGAAGGCUGUGAACCUGUUACUGGGGGAAUUCAGGAAAAGGUUUGGAAAAUAUCCGGAAGUUGCUCAGUUUGACGAGGGAAAGGAGUUCUACAACGUUGAUGUUAGGGACCUCUUACAAAAACACGACGUCCGCUAUUUUUCCACGAACUCUGACAGAAAGGCAGCCAUCGUUGAAAGAUUCAACAGAACCUUGAAGACAAUGAUGUGGAAGUAUUUCUACAGCAAAGGAACUUACAAUUGGGUCGACGCCAUAGACGAGCUUACGGACAACUACAAUCAUACUAAACACGGCAGUAUACUAAUGAGACCUGCCGACGUAAGCAAGUCGAACAAGGACCAGGUAUGGAUCACGCUAUACGGACACGGAUUAGGGGAAUUUCCAUUACCUAAGUUUAGGGUUGAUGAUACGGUCCGAAUAACGAAAUAUAAAAAUAUCUUUACCAAGGGAUACGAAGCAAACUUUACGGAAGAGAUAUUCAAAGUUGUAAAAGUAUUCAGGGGAAAUCCUAAUAUGUACGAAAUAGAAAGUCAUGACGGAGAACCGAUCAUCGGAAAGUUCUACGAAGAGGAACUAUCCGCUGUGGACAAAAAGGACGAUGUGUAUAGGGUGGAGAAGAUUCUGAGAAGAAGGAAGGGUAUGGUACUGGUCAAGUGGUUAGGAUACAAUAGUAAGCACAAUUCCUGGAUUCCAGAAGAAAAUAUUAAGGAUAUAAAAUAAAUGGCCGACAUUGAACUAGAUGAAACAAAUGGCGUUGACGACCACGAAGCCAAAGAAGCCGGAACGGCGGAGGAAGAAACAAGCUUCAUCGACGACGACAGAAGGCGAGAUGAAAGUAUAUUAAUUCCCAUCGGAUUCAAUCCGGACGUCGAUGGAUCAAGACCCAGCGGUUCCACACCGAACAUCAGACGGGACGCUGGGGUAAUGAAACGAGCCUAUACGCUAGAUAAAAAGGAUUUCCUCAAAAGAGAACUAGGAGUAAAUAUCAAUAAGGGAGACGGUCCAUCUUCCAACAUCAUCUUUGACAAAAUGAAACUGACCGUAAAUAAGGCCGGAACAAAAAUUAGCGGUGCUACAUUCAAAGAUGUCAAGAUCAUUAUCUCGAAAAAUGGUAAAAUGAUAUACUCCGCGGAUAAGAAAAAGGAAUCCGUCGUAAACGAAUACAAAGAAGUGAUCAGGAGAGCCAAAAUAGAACAUUCAAAAACACCCGCAGCCUUAGUGGAGGAACAACUCGAACGACAGAACCUGGAUGCUUCUCAAGAACUUGUGGAUAACGUACUGGAAAAUAUCGUUGAAAGAAUGGAUGACGAACUGUCCGUUCAAAGCGAAGCUAUCGGUAAUAGUACAGUUAUAACGGAAAACUAA